AUGUCCUUUGCCGAAUCCUAUCUUUUGGCAUCCAAGGUGCGGUCCAAACUCACGAGAGAGGCUGCCAACCCCAAGACGCCCUUGCGCUCGCUUGUUCUCCAGGCCAACAUGUUGGAUAACUUGAUGGACCACAUUUCUGUUGAGACCGAGAAGAAACUCUCGGCCAACAAGGUCUCGUUCUCGCUUCCAUCGCGCUCGCCGCUCUCGUCGGGCUCCUCUGUCACCGAGUACGAGGUCGACCUGGACUCCGACUCGGACUCCGAUGACGCCGACUACUACUACUCGUCCGAAGAAGAAGAAGACGAAGAAGAAGAAGACACCCUCUUGAUCCACCGCCCACAGUCUUACAGACGCCUUCCCACAAUGGACCUCUCGUUGCCCGAACACGACCUACUGCUGAUUCCAGAGGAAGAGGGCGAAGAGGCCGACGCGUUGCCCGAGUUGUCCCGAUCGUCGUCCAACUCGGACUCCGAGCCCGAUGAAGAAGUGGCUGAUGUCCACUACGCCCUUGCACAUGCUCCUGCAUCACACAAGCUAUCUAGCGAAGACUUAUUGCACGGCCACGGCCACGGCCAUUCACGUGGCCAUCCUGCAAGUCAUCACAGACACGAUGCCAUCUAUCUGAUGAAGCUCUUGUACUAG